AUGAACGACGGCUUGAAAAACGAUAUCUCCAACGGCAGCUCUCAGCGUACCCCCGGAGGCAGCGAGGCUCGAGAAGAUACUCAGAACCGCACCGCUGGCAGUCUGUUUAUUUCCGCUGAGUUUUUCGAGAAAAUCUAUCUCUCACCCAAGAACUGCGUUCACGGCGACCUCCGUCUCAUUGUGGGAAAUCCAGCGCCUCUGUACGUUUUCUCAGAUCAAAGAGACAGCGGGAAACAAACUGAUUCGAAAGUCAGUGGUGUCUUGGGUUGCAUCAUCAGCUUAACUGCACAACGGGCUCUGACAAUGGGAUGA